UGAACUUUCCACAACAGUAGGUAGAACGGCCACCGCGUCCAACUUUUCAGCUACAACAAGUGGCUCGAGUCAAAGCUGCUUAAUUUCCUGGCGUGCUCUCUCCUGAUUUGCCUGCUCACUAGAAGACUAAACUCGCACGCACUCACCUCCUGCAUCCUUCUUCCCACGCCUGUUCAUCCUUCAGCCAGCAAAGGGGGCAGAGACCGAUCCGCCGAUGUCGCCGGUGAAGGUGUUCGGGCCGGCGAAGUCGACUUGCGUGGCUCGGGUGCUGAUAUGCUUGGAGGAGGUCGGCGCCGAGUACGAGCUGGUGCACGUCCACAUCCCCGCCGGCGAGCAGAAGAGCCCCGCGCAUGUCGCCCGCAACCCCUUCGGUCAGGUCCCAGCGUUCGAGGAUGGCGAUCUGGUUCUUUUCGAGUCGCGUGCAAUUUCCAAGUAUGUGCUUCGCAAACACGCAUCUGACUUGCUCAAAGAAAGCAGCGUCACAGAAUCUACAAUGGUCGACGUUUGGCUCGACGUGGAGUCCCAAAAGUUUGACCCAAUCAUGUCAGUAAUCGCGUUCCAAUGCUUCAUUGUGCCUAUCUUCAUGGGAGGCACAACUGACCACAAGAUUGUGGAGGAGAGUCUGGAGAAACUGAAGGAUGUCUUCCAAGUUUACGAGGCACGUCUGUCUAAAUUCAAGUAUUUGGCUGGAGAUUUCAUCAGCCUGGCAGAUCUAAGCCAUUCACCUAUGCUACACUACCUGUUGGCUACACCUCACGCACCGGUGCUAAGUAGAUAUCCUCAUGUGAAGUCAUGGAUCUCUGGCAUAAUGGAUAGGCCGAGCGUGAAGAAGAUCACAUAGCUUAUCAAGGCAUCAUGAAAAGAGUAAAUUAUGUCGAUGCAUAUGGAUUGCCUUGUUCUAAUAACGGGUCCUACGGGCGCUUUGCCGCGCCUAAUAUUGUUGGAUUUGGCUUUUCUUGCUGUAGAAUUA